AUGGACAUUUGGACUGGAAGUUUACGACUUGAUGACAGUAACGAGAUACGAGACAUACAGAUCAGUGCGCCUUCCUCAAAACAUACACUACCAAGCGAUUGUACCUUACAAUUUCUCUCUCAUGUCGACACUUCACGAAUACCUCUACAUUUGAUCUGUGGAAACCGGCUGGAUGUCUGGACCGCAAACUCUGAGACUGAGACAUGGUUCAGCAAUUUACUUCUCAGUACUAACGAUGCAGAAGACCAAGGACAUGAAUGGUGGCAGAAUGCUGCUCUAGAAUCGACUUUGGGCGUUCUUGCUGCAGUAAAGUUUGCAGAUGAGAGCAAAGUACCUCAACCACGGAUUACAGAAAUACUUUUCUACGCUGCUAGAAAGGAUGUUCAACAAAAUCUUCCGUCGCUAUCGGAUAAUGAAGCCUCCUCUGCAGAUCCAGAAUUGGGACUUUACGCUCUUCCUCUGUCUUCUGAUCUUCUGCUGUUUAACGAUACGGAUAUCACACCACCAACCUCUCCAGUCUUGGGAACUUCAGAUCCAAACACGAUAGAUGGUCGUUUCAUCCCUCGCCCCUGGGACGAACCCACCCUCCGCCAAAGACGCAAGACCGCUCUCGACUCCACCUUCUCCGCUGCCACCGACCGCAGAAAGCGCCACUCAGGCGCCUCUGUAGCCGCCGCGGCGGCAGCUUCAAAUAGUCCUUCCUUGCUACCUACCCUACCACGUCUAAAGUCCGAAGCAAGCAGAGGUUCCGUCCCUCUACUUACUCGCCCCAAGAGCCGAAGCCCGAGUAUAGCAAGUCUACAACGCACCACUACGAUUCCAGAAACCAAACAACGAGUAGCAUCAGGACUUUCACGAGCGACGCCAGCACCAGUAUCUAGCCCUCAACCAUCCACAGAGCAAGAACUACUUCAACAGAAAAACAAAGACAUGGUCUCUAAAGUCGUGUUAGCGGGUCUACGCGUCUGGGGCUUCACGGCUUCGAAAAGGAAGAAACGCGCCUCUACUUCUGCUGCAGAACCUGUAGACCCAGAAGAAGAGGCUAAAGACGAAGAGUACAAGUUACUCUACCAUCACGUCUAUAAAGCUGCUUGUUUUGCUUUCAGAGCGUGGAUUGGAAAGGAAGAUUUGAGUGGCAAGGAGUAUGCGGAGAAGGUGCGAGAUACCGUGGACGCGUUAUUAGAGAUUUUAUGUAAAGACCCCAUGGAGCAGACGGCAGGUGAAGAGAUGGAUCUCGGGGAAGGGUUCAAAGGUGCGGUUGUCAGGACACCCAAGGGAGAAUUAGGUGAGGAGGAGAAAGGACUGAGAUGA